AUGGAAACGGUAAUGGAGGAAGAAGAGUACAAUUGUAGGGAAGUGAUACUGCCCUCGCUGAUACCGGUGGCCGUGGCACAUGAGCCUGAACUGGAGAGAGAGACCGGGGAGAGAAGAAGAGGCCGUAACAUACUCAUCGCCGUCGAUCAUGGCCCCAACAGCAAACACGCCUUUGAUUGGGCCCUCACCCAUCUCUGCCGUCUCGCCGAUACCAUCCAUCUCGUCCAUGCCGUGUCCAGUGUGAAGAAUGAGAUUGUGUACGAGGCGACACAGGGUCUUAUGGAGAAGCUUGCCGUGGAGGCUUUACAAGUUGCUAUGGUAAAAACAAUGGCACGGAUUGUGGAAGGAGAUGCAGGUAAGGCAAUUUGCAGGGAAGCAGAAAGGUUAAAGCCUGCAGCUGUAGUCUUGGGUACAAGAGGUCGGAGCUUAAUUCAAAGGUCUCUCUCUCCCCCUUUGUUUGUAUGUGUGUCUUUGUGUAUAUAUCUUUGAGAGAC